AUGGGGAGCUCUACCUUCAAAUCAGCGGGCAGCCACCACUGCCAUCACCACCCUCCGCCUCGCACCUCCACCACUGCCAUCAUAGCCAGCUCCCAAGCUGAAGGAGCAGAGGCUGGGGAGAUGGAGAAAGAGGAAGGCAAAGAGGGUGGCAGAGAACAAUCCGAGGGGAGUAUGGAAUUUAAUACAACUUUAAAAGUAUUUUGGAAAUCAAGAAAAUGGAAUAUAAAACAAUCAACAAAAGAUUCAUUUAGAGGAACACCAUUUCUAUGGAAGAGAAAUUAUUUUAGAAAGAAGAGGAAACAGUUGAUAGACUCUGAAAACUAUGAUGACCUGCAGGACUUUGAGAAAAUGAUCACAUUUCCCUGUUCCAUAUGCAAGUGUGAAAUUGACCCACAUAGUUUUUUCCUCCAUAAAAAGCGACAUGUAGCUUUGGCCACACUGGGUGUUAAUUGGAUGGGUGGAAAGAUACCACAACGAUCAACGAUUAUUGUUCAGAGACAGUUUUUAAUUACUAAACUAUUGUCAUCUUUUGCAUUCAAUGAAAAAACCCUGCAGAGCAUUAAUAAUGCUUUUGAGCUACUUUGGAAGAAACAAGUACCAGCAUACUAUAAGAUUAUUGAUAACAUUCAUAGGAGUUCCAUGUAUUCUCAAAAAAUAAGCCAUGCAUUAAUUAAAGGAGUUGCCAUUUGUGAAGACAGGAAUUCUACAUGGAGAGCUGAAAUGGAUGAUAAAUUCACUGUAGUGAAUAAUUUUGGCAAUAAACCCAAUGUGAGUUUUUUUGGUUUGUUUGAUGGGCAUUAUGGUGCCUCAGCAGCAGACUUGGCAUCAGUGGAACUCCCAGUUUUGCUUCUCCAUCAACUUUCCAAAUUUGAUCCUUCCUACCAAAUGACCCCUGAAGAACAAAAAAUAAUUGAUACUUUUCAAACAGUGUUUAAGAAAGAAUACACAAUAAUGGAAGACUUCUUCACUUCCAAAAGCAAAAUGACAAAAGCUUUGCGCUUUGAUUAUGUGGGCAUACACAAAGCCUUUGCAAAAGCAUUUUGGAGAAUGGACAGGCUUUUACGUCUUGGAAGAAAAGAAAUGUCCAGAGUUCAAUGGAGUGGCUGUUCUGCACUUGCUUGUAUAUUGGAAAACCACACUAAAAAUUUCUAUGAUACUAAAAAUCAGAGAAGAACCAGGGACCAAAAUGGGUCGACAGAGAAUUCCACUUCCAAGACAACGCGACAAAUAAUUUCUGGAGUAUUGCAUGUUGCUAACACUGGUAAUGUACAAGCAGUCUUAUGCAGAAAUGGGAUGGAUUUUCGCCUAACCAAAGAACAUACCACACAAAACUUAAUUGAAAGAAAAAGAGUACUUAAGAAUGGUGCAAUAAUUAGUUCAAAUGAAUCAAAUGGACUCUUUCUAGAAGGAGAACUGAAAAUCACACGAGGACUUGGAUUUCAUGGAAAUCCCAAAUUGAAAAAACUCGUUAUUCCAGCACCUCAAACUAUCUCUGUCCCUAUAGAUGACUUAUGUCAAUUCCUUAUCUUAGCUACUAAUGGACUAUGGGAUGUUCUGGAUAACAAGGAAGUUAUUUCUCUGGCAAUGACAAUGUUCCAUCUGUAUAAAGAAACAUACUGCUCUAUCAUGCAAAACAAAUCUUCACCAUCCACAGGGCCUCCAAUUUUCCCACUCAGUGAAGAACCAAGUAACACUAAAUCAGAAACUGAUAUCCAUGUACUGUUUCAGUAUAAACCUAGAUCUGAAGAAUGUCUGUCAGCUCUAAAUUCAAAAGAAAAUUUAUCUGAUUCAAAAUUUUUUGAACAUUCCAUUUUUAACUCUGUAGAAACAUUUCCACCAGAAAUGAGUAAACAAGAUCCUUGCAGUACGAAAGAAACUGAUGGACCAUUCACUGCAGAUGGUAUGCCAACAGAAUCAAGUGAGAAAGAAAAAGAAUCAUGCAAUAAGAAUUUCUAUGAAGGUGCAGCUGAGUAUGUUAGCCAAGAACUUGUAAAUGCUGCUUUAGCGGCUGGCUCUAGAGACAACAUUACAGUUAUGGUAAUACUUCUUAAUGGAAGCAAAUAUCAAUUUCUGACAUAG